UCAACACGCAUGUAGAUCUCUUCCUCUCCUCGCCGCGUUUUUCCUCUCUUCCUCUCUUCCUCUCCUCUCCUUCCUCUCAUCCCUCUUGUCUUCUCCUCUUGUGUUCUCCCUCUCUCUGUUCCCCCUUUCCUGUUCUAAUCUCUCCUUUUCUCCUCGAGGGACUUGUACCGACCGACACAUCUCCGUCUUUCUACUGUUCUUUUCUCUUUACUUGUCGUUUGCCUCUGUUGUCUCUCCUUUUCUUCUCCUCUUCUCUUUUGCUUUCUCCUCCUCUUGUCACUUUCCCUCCCCUUCUCUCCUUUCGUUCCACUGUCUGCUGCCCUUAUCUCUCCUUUCUUCUUUUUCUCUUCUUUAUUCUGUUUGUUUCCCACCAUUAUUCCCCCGUUUCUCCUCUGUCCUCGUGUCCUCCCCUCUUCCUUCUAUCCCAUCUUUUUUAUUUUCUCUCUACUCUCUCUUUUUUCACUUUCUUCUCUCCUCUCAUCCUGCUCCUGCUCCUGCUCCUGCUCCUCUCCUCUUCUCUCCUUUCUCCUCUCUGCUCCUGCUCCUCUCCUCUCCUCUCCUCUAUCCUUCUUUCCCCAUUCUCUGCUCCUUGUUUUUUUUGCGUGUUGGUUCCUCAUGAAGAGGUUUUUGGGGCUAGUGCUGAGCAGCCUGGCCGGCCUGUCCAGGGACAAGGACAAGCCCGUCUGGCUACAGGCUCAGCAGCAGGGGAGGAGGACCAGUAAGAUCAGUAAGACCAGCAAGAGCAACAAGAGCAAGACGAAAGCCAAGAUGGACAGUGGAGGCGGCACGCCAGAAAAGGACAACAGGACAGUGACGGUGACAGUGUUGCCACUUGAGGCGCCCAAGAUGAUCCUGACCGUGUUCCUGAGUGACAGCGACCAGAUGCUGACGGAGGUGCCCGUCACCCCGGAUACGCUGUGCAAGGACGUGGUGGAGUUCUGCAAGGAGGCCGGAGAGGGCAGCUGCCACCUGGCCGAGGUGUGGCGCGGCAACGAGAGGGCGAUCCCAUAUGACCACCUUAUGUAUGACCAUCUGCAGAAAUGGGGUCCUCGACGACACGAGGUGAAAUUCUACCUGAGGCACGAGGACCUACCCAUUGAGGCAUGCGACCCAGGCAGUCAGCAGUUAGCGGAGCAGCACAGUAGAAGGAUGAGGGGCAGCCCGGUUGACAAGCACUGUGAGAACGGGGUGGGCAACCCUCGUGUGGAGCUGACCCUGUCCGAGCUGCAGGAGAUGGCGUCACGGCAACAGCAGCAGAUCGAGGCCCAGCAACAGAUGCUCGUCGCCAAGCUUUCCUCUGUGCGUUCUUCUGAGGAGCAGCGUCUGCGCUACCUGAAGCAGCAGGACGUGGGGGGUCGCGGGGGCCCGUCGGCUCCGGAGGCGGAGAAGCUGCAGCGGCUGAAGGAGCGCGUGGACAGCCAGGAGGCCAAGCUGAAGAAGGUGCGCGCCAUGAGGGGCCAGGUGGACUACAGCAAGAUCAUCAAUGGCAACCUGUCCGCGGAGAUUGAGCACGUGAGCAACCUGUUCCAGGAGAAGCAGUCGGAGCUGCAGCAGGCGGUGCUGAAGGUGGACCAGCUGAGCCAGCAGCUGGACGACCUGCGCCGGGGACGCCUCAACGGCCUGCAGCCCCUGGCACAGGGCCCCCUCAGCGGGGCCGCCGCCCUGGAGCUCAGGAAACUCUACCAGGAGCUGCAGAUCCGUAACAAGCUGAACCAGGAGCAGAGCAGCAAGCUGCAGCAGCAGAAGGAGCAGCUGAACAAGCGCAACAUGGAGGUGACCAUGAUGGACAAGCGCAUCGGCGACCUGCGCGAGCGCCUCUACAAGAAAAAAGCCGAGGCACGUCUCCCUCCUCCGCACCACGCCAGCCUGAACCGGAUGAACGGGCCGCCCUCCUCCCCCCAGCCGGCGGUGGGCAGUUCGGGUCGGGUGGCGGCUGUGUGCCCCUACAUCCAGGUGCCCGUGCAAGUUAGGCAGGAGGGGGGCUACGCGCUGCCCCCCGACCCCCUCAAGCCCCAGAGCCUGGCCAUGACCGCCACCGUCAACCAUGCACGCUCCAAGUCCGAGGACGAUGGGUAUGCAGCGGUGCGCAAGCCCCCGAGCACAUGGAAGGUGUCAGAUUUAGACAUCAUAGUGGAGCCUUCGCAGCUGGCACAGCAGCCACAGCCACUGGGCCCUGAGGAGGCACUGGGGCCCCCCACCACAGCAGGGCCCCCCCCCGCAGCAGAACUGCUACUGCCCCCCACAGGGGCCGACACUGAUCCCACCAACGAUGCCAACUGGCCGGCCCUCAGCAAAAGCAUGCCGCCACUUUUACCUCCAGACAAGAUGGCCGUCGGAAUGCAGGGUGACAAGGCCCUGGACGCGAGCAGGCUGGUGGGGGCAGUGACCGCCCUGUCCAAGCAGCCUCACUCCAGCUACGGCACCUACCCCCACGCGGGCCACCACUCCUCCUCCUCCUCCUCCUCCAGCGCCGUCGGCACCACCAGCUCGCUGCCACGCUCGGCCCCCGCCACCCUGGCCUGGCAGCGCUCGCCCCCCACCCCCCGCUCCUCCUCCCAGCAGAUCCAGCAGCGCAUCACCGUGCCCCCCAGCCCCUCCGCUCCCGGCUCCGUCUGCGGCUCCCUGUCUGGGUCCACUGGGUCCGGGUCAACCGGGUCGGGGUCCUCGAUGUUCGCCGGAGGGGACAGACCCGACCCUCCGCUGGCUGCUGCGGUGCGGCCCUUCGUGACGGACCGGGGGUCGCGACCCCAGUCGCCGCGUAAGGGCCCGGCCACCAUGAACUCCAGCUCCAUCUACCACAUGUACCUGCAGCCGGCAUCUAAAGGCUACGCCAGCAGCAGCAGCCGGCCCGCCGUCAAGGCCGUGUACGGCAAGCCAGUGCUCCCCUCCAGCUCCACGAAUCCGUCCCCGACCCCCCUGCUGCAGCACCAGACCAGCCGGGACGAGACGGACCUCGACGCGAUGAUGGGGGGCUCCCCUCUCCCCCAGCCGCCGCCGCCCCCCACCGCUGUGGAGAACAUCCCUCGGCCCCUCAGCCCCACCAAGCUGACGCCCGUGGCCCACUCCCCUCUGCGCUACCAGAGCGACGCAGACCUGGAGGUGCUGCGGCGUAAGCUGGCCAACGCCCCGCGGCCCCUGAAGAAACGCAGCUCCAUCACGGAGCCCGAGGGUCCGGCGGGCCCCAACAUCCAGAAGCUGCUGUACCAGCGCUUCAACACGUUGGCCGGCGGCAUGGAGGGCGGUGUGGUGGGCGGAGUGGGCACGCCUUUCUACCAGCCCGACAGCCCCCUCAGCUACAUGGGGCCGCCCAUGAUCAUGGAGGCCGACACCACCAAUGGCAACGUUGGGCCGUUUGUGGACGAUCGGCUGGUGAUGAUACCGCCCACGUGCCCGGAGGUGCCCACGCCUGACUCGCCCGUGCUGCCACCGCCGCCGCAUAUGUCUGCGUCCCCUCCGGCGUCUUCGGAUGCCAACGAGAACCGGUUGGCAUCCAUGCCCAUGCCUGACGCCAUGGCCAGUGCUCAGAUCGCUGACAGCCAGCCCCUUGCUCCUGCUCACCAGGCAUCCAGGCUGACUCCAGACAGUACAGAGGACAACAGCAACAACAACCACCACCCCCACCUGCAGCAUCAACACUACCAGCAGCAUGCGCACCACCACCACCACCACCACCACCAUCACCACCACACAGGCCCAGGCAGCGCCCAGAGCAGCCCAGUGCCGGAGCCCCUCACCCCGCCUGCAGAGCCAGAGGCUCAGCCUGAGCCCAGCACACCGCCCAGCCCCUCGGCCAAGCGGACCAACCUCAAGAAGCCGGGCUCGGAGCGGACGGGCCACGGGCUGAGGGUCAAGUUCAACCCCCUGGCCCUGCUGCUAGACGCCUCGCUGGAGGGAGAGUUCGACCUGGUGCAGAGGAUCAUCUAUGAGGUUCAGAACCCGAGCACGCCAAAUGAUGAGGGCAUCACCCCGCUCCACAACGCGGUGUGUGCCGGCCACCACCACAUCGUCAAGUUCCUGCUGGACUUUGGCGUGAACGUCAAUGCGGCCGACAGUGAUGGAUGGACCCCUCUGCACUGUGCUGCCUCGUGUAACAGUGUGCACCUCUGCAAGCUGCUGGUGGAGUCCGGGGCGGCCAUCUUUGCCACCACCAUCAGCGACGUGGAGACGGCAGCGGACAAGUGCGAAGAGAUGGAGGAGGGAUACAUCCAGUGCUCACAGUUUCUCUAUGGUGUGCAGGAGAAGUUGGGUGUGAUGAACAAGGGCUCGGUGUACACCCUGUGGGACUACGAGGCGCAGUCUCCUGACGAGCUGUCCUUCCACGAGGGGGACGCGCUGACCGUGCUGCGCCGCCGUGACGAGAGCGAGACGGAGUGGUGGUGGGCGCGCCUGAACGACAAGGAAGGAUACGUGCCACGCAACCUGCUCGGGCUGUAUCCCCGGAUCAAGCCCCGGCAGCGCUCUUUGGCAUAGCGCCCUCUGGCUGCCACCGUGUGCAAGCGCAAGCUCCUGUGAGCAGCGGACUGACGAUCCAUUGCUAUCACUUGGAUAUCGAUGAUGAUGCACUGUCACCUGCAGACAGCAGCUUAGUCCCUGGGCGGCACUGCCCUCUCCACGCGUGCCUCUGUGUGUGUGUAUGGUUGUGCCCACUUGGGCACGCCUGGAGUGGAGGAAGGGAGGGAGUGAUGGAGGGUAGGAAGGGAAAGGGGGAGAGGGCCAUGCCCACAUGCAUCGCGCCCCCAUGCCCUGGGGCCCCCGGUGCCCUGGUCUGUUCUGGCCUGGCCUCCUUGGCCUUGGCUGGAGGUCAGAGGUACCUCAUUCAUACGCGUCUGGAAAAAAAAACAAGACAGAAAAGGAGCAGAGGAGAAAGAGAGGGAUAGAGGGGUGGGGAUGAAGUGAGACUGGAGAGAUUCGUACAGACUAGUACUCCCAUCUGCUUUCAUGGCUGUUUACUUUCACAAUGGCUGAACCUGACGAUGUUUUGAUUUCAUUUUUUUCCUCUACCAAAAUCAUGCAGCUUUGUCAGUAUUUUUCUACUCAUGUUCUCAGAGACUAUAAUGUGUGCUGGUUCAGUUUGACAGCUGACAGCUGAAGUCAGAAGACAGUGGCAAUAUGUUUUGUAAGAGACGAUGAGGAGAGUGGAAGAGGAGGAUGUAAUGUGAAACAUGAUAUGCGUGUCCUCAAAUGUAUGUUUGUUUGUGUGCGUGUGUAUGGAGAGAGAGAGAGAGAGAGAGAGAGAGAGAGAGAGAGAGAGAGAGAGAGAGAGAGAGAGAGAGAGAGAGAGAGACAGGAAAGUUAAGUGGAGCAUAGGAGCUGACUCAGAGAUUAGGAAGGAAGGAAGGAAGGAAGGAGGGAUGAGAAGAGGGAGAGGGAGAGGGAGAGGGCGUGAUUCUUAAGGUUAACAAGAGUAUUUUUUAGUAUUGAAGGAAACAGAGGAUGUGACUCAGGGAGGGAAAAGUGUACGUGUUAAUUUGUGAAUGCGUGCGGAAGUGAAACAUUAAUUUGUGAAUGUGUCGUGCGGAAGUGAAGCAUUAAUUUGUUAAUGUGUGCGGACGUGAAGCCAACAACAGCCAGAGAGUGAUUGGAGGUUUCUUGAGGACAAUUAAAAAGACUAAUAAAAAAAGAACAGCACAUCGCUUAAAAGAAAAAACUGCUUUAAUAGGAACAAGAAGCUGUUACACAGAGUAAACAUUACACAGACGGUGCUCAAUGUACAACCUUGAGUUCCCUUAACGCUAACACAAAACAUGAUGGACAUACUAUAUUAAGGGCAAAGAUCAUUUCAUUUUGAACUUGUAACCUUACACAAUCCUUUUUCUAAACAAAAAUGAAGUACUUAGACAGGAAUGCGUAUGUUGUAUUAUAUUUUCUUUUCCAGUGUUUAUUUAAAUGCACAAUCAAAGUAAUGCUUUUGAGCUGCUCUGCAACGGAAUACAGAAAAUAAAACAAGUGUUGGAGACACAAUGGCUGAGUCAGAAUGGUAUCAUACAACAACACGCAAUUUAUGUAAGAUGUCCGAUACAUGUAUAAAAAAUAAAGAGACCCAAGACUGGGACAAUGAUAAUUUUUUGUGUGGCUUUGAUUUUC